GGGCUUCCGCUUCCACCUUCUCCCUCCUCUCGCUCGUCCUCCGGUAGCUGCCGCUAGCACAGUGUCCGCUGCCGGGCGCGGUGUCGGCGGGUCGGUCGGUUGGCGUCGGCUUCGGUGUCGCUGCGGUUGAGUUGGGCUGUCAUGGCUGAGCUGGAUCCAUUCGGCGCUCCCGCCGGUGCGCCCGGUGGCCCCGCGCUGGGGAACGGAGUGGCGGGCGCCGGCGAGGAAGACCCGGCCGCGGCCUUCUUGGCGCAGCAGGAGAGUGAGAUUGCGGGCAUCGAGAACGACGAGGCCUUCGCCAUCCUGGACGGCGGCGCCCCCGGGCCGCAGCCUCACGGCGAGCCGCCGGGGGGUCCGGAUGCUGUUGAUGGCGUGAUGAAUGGUGAAUACUACCAGGAGAGCAAUGGCCCAACAGACAGUUACGCAGCUAUUUCAGAAGUGGAUCGAUUGCAAUCAGAGCCUGAGAGUAUCCGCAAGUGGAGAGAAGAGCAAACGGAGCGCUUGGAAGCCCUCGAUGCCAAUUCUCGGAAGCAAGAAGCAGAGUGGAAAGAAAAAGCAAUAAAGGAACUAGAAGAAUGGUAUGCGAGGCAGGAUGAGCAGCUACAGAAAACAAAAGCAAACAACAGGGCAGCAGAAGAAGCCUUUGUAAACGACAUCGACGAGUCAUCCCCAGGCACUGAAUGGGAACGGGUGGCCCGCCUGUGUGACUUUAACCCCAAGUCCAGCAAACAGGCCAAAGAUGUCUCUCGCAUGCGCUCAGUCCUCAUCUCCCUGAAGCAGGCCCCCCUGGUGCAUUGAAGAGCUACCCGGUGGAAACACUACGUCUGUGAUAUCUUAAUCCUACUCAGUGAAGCUGUUCACGUAAUUGGAUUAAUUAUGUUGAGUUCUUUUGGACCAAACCUUUUUGUCUUUAGAGUUGAUCAUUGUUUGUGAUUGCAUGUUUCCUUCACUGUUCUCCCUGGCAUUCAGAGAAGAGGGGAGGAGGAGGGGAGGACCCUCCCGACAGUAGCCUCAGCCCGUGCUUUUGUGCAUUAUUCUGAGAAUAAAUUUCUGUUUCAGACAAUA